UACUGUACAGGGUUUGUUGCAUAUUUUUCAGUGUUGAAGCCCCUGAUUCAAGUGUUUUUUAGUUCUACUGGGCCUGAAGAGAUGCCACAAAUGAUAAUCCAAGCAAACCCAACUAUGCUGAGAACUUAGCUCUCCGAAUGCAAGUAAUUCCUAGCUAAUGAAUGUCAUUGAAGUUUAUGUUGGGAAGAUCCAUGAAGACAAAAGUCCGUUGGAAAGUUUUGAGUUUAAUGAUCCUCAAUGAUGAGGUCGCGCCAAAGGGGUCUAUUGGAGGGAGAGCCCUUGAUGAUUCAUGUUUCAAACGAAAAUUUCAGUUUGAAAAAUUCAAAAGAAUCUAAAAAAUUCCAAGCACAGUUUUCGUGAGGAAAAUAGCGGGAAUUCGAGAGAGAAACAAUGGAGGACUCAGAAGCAAUUCUCUGCCAAAUUUCUUUCCUAAAGGACAUGCUCGACCAGGUCAACGACGAAAUCGAGGGGAACAUCCAGACGACGCGAGAGAUCGAGUCAGAGAUCGUCAACUGCUCGGAGAUCGAAUCCGCUUUGGCUUCCAGAGAAUCUGAGCUCACCAGGUUGCUUUACGUCUCUUACUUCGAGAUCCACGGAUUGAUCUCCGUUACCGCUGAUUCGAGGAAGUCUGUGAAGAUCUUGAAUGACGAGUUAUCUUGUUUGAGAACGACGAGAGACGAGAUCCUUCAAAGGAUAAAUGAUAAGCGGGAUGAAUUUACCGCUACGUGCUUAGAAUUUCAAUGGGAGAUUGACAAGGGUGAAACUGAGGAGCUGGUGGCUUUGUUGUCUGAGAAGGAGUUUCUUGAAAAUGAGUUUCUCCAAUUGGAUAAGAAAAAUAAGGCUUUGAAGAAUUCAAUGCUGGCCUUUGUAGAAGAAGUUCUUGAAGAUCUGAAUAAUUCCAAUGCGGCUUUACACGUCGAGAUACAAAAUAAAUAUUUGGAGAAUGAUAAAUUGCUCAAGGAUAUUGAUGACUUGAAGAUUACAUUGCUGUCCACCAUUGCAGAGAAUGGCAAAAAGUAGAUUCCCCACUUUUACUUAAAUGUUUACUUCUUGAGGUACCUUCUUCACAGUCCUGUUUGGUCUUCUGGUUUUUGAAGUUUGAACUACCUUUUCAUUUGCCUUCUGUUUGUUCUUCCAUACAUCUGCCUUUUCUCGUUGGCUCAGUUUAUAGUCAGGAACUCAGGAUGUGAACCGAAAUUGAGUCAACUCAUCCUAUGUCAUUGUGCAUUUUGCUGGCAUUUCUUUUUCCAGUGUUACUGUGAUGGCAUUAUUGUCAAUUUCAUAUUCGCUAAAAAUAAUAGGGAGGGAUAUUAGAAUUUCCAGCCCAAUAUAGAUCAAAAAUAUUGUCCACUUUGGGUUGUUCAGUUUCCGUAGAUACAUCGGGUCUGCACCGUUUGUCUUUCCAAGAGAUCAUCCAUCCCAAUAGUGCUCUCGUAGAAGCAUACUUAACUGCGGAGUUAUUACGGGAUGUUCUCCAAAAAAAAUGUGUUGUCAAUGGUAAGAAACUGAAUUUAUCUAUAUAUGUUAACAAGAGAAUAGACAAAAAAAAGCGUUGUAAUGGAUUUAAGCGAUUUCUAAUGAUCCUGUAGCCGUUCCAAAAAACAAUUACAAACAGUCCAUGUGUAGGCAUCUUCCUCAUUGUCUCCAUUUUAAAGUGUUUAUUGCUUAAAAAUUUUCAUGUGUCAGUCAAAUGCUUCUUUUUUUGUUGGGUUCUACCGUUCUAGAAACCGUUUUAGGUACUGGCCAAGUAGGUACAUCAUAGUAGAAGCCUUAGGAAUUUGCAUCUGCGGUCGUAGUUAAUUUUCUCCAUUUUUAUUAGGAUUUUUUUUCAUUUGUUUGUUGGAAGACGCUAAUGUCUUAGAGCCAAACGCACUGCUGUUCCUGAAACCUUUGCAGCAUGCUACAAGAAGGUUAACUGUGCGAAUGCAAGUUCAAGUAUGGUGUAUAGUACUCUUGCAGUGGAGGUUGGGUCGGAAAAGGUAAAAUAUAUGCAGUCUUAUAUGCUAAUAUUGUCAGGAGGCUGUAUUACAAGCUGACACUGCUUGCUUGCAAUCAAACGACUACCUCUAAACUACAAAUUAGCUACAUGCAUGAUGCUCUUAUCAUAUCAAAGAAACUAAGAUUAAUUGCAUACUUUUCCUAUCAGUAUUAGCUCAUUUAUUGAUUUUGGAUUUAUAUCUGUUGACUAUGCACAGUGACAGAACACAUCGGUCUUGUAGACUCUUCUAUUGAACACUUCAUCUUCUAAACAUUUCUGGAGCUGAAACUCAGGAUAGCUUUUUCCUUUUUUAAGUACCUGUGUGAUCUGGGUAGGGGCCGGAUCGUGGUCCUCAACUCAAUGAGAGUGUUGUUGGACUGUUGUACUCUUAGACUGUAACUUGGUUGUCACUUUUAGCCAGGUAGGGUACGUAGGGUUCCGGCUUGGCGAAUCUUGCUUAUCCACCAUUGAACCCCUGGUCUCCUUUAGAGAACAGGCACAUGGAUGGAGUUGGAG